CUGAUUAGUUUAUCCGGACGCGUAGGGACGCUUUUAAGGGGACCCCUCAGCGCCUUCAGCGUUCCGUUCCGAGGUGAACGAAGCGGGCCGGCUCCAUCAGCGACACCGCCAUGACGUCCAAGCGGGCCCGCGACCGGCUCUACGGCACCCGCUGCUGCUGCUGCCAUGUCCGCACCGGCACUAUCAUCCUGGGCACUUGGCACAUGGUAGUGAAUCUGUUGAUGAGCAUUUUGCUGACUGUUGAAGUUGCUCACCCUAAUACUGUGCCAACAGUGGAUUAUAUCCAAUCUGAAAUCAUUGGUAGCUACUAUCCCUCUGAGAGGGUGGCUGAAAAUGCAUGUGUUCUCUUUGCUGUCUCGCUCCUCAUGUUCACAAGAAGUGCUCUGAUGGUGUAUGGAGCAAUUGCUCAUCGAGUUGGCUGGCUGAUUCCAUUCUUCUGUUACCAGCUCUUUGACUUUGUUCUCAGCUGUCUGGUGGCUAGAAGUUCCUGGACAUACUUGCCAAGAAUAAAGGACUACCUGGAUCAGCUGCCAGAGUUUCCGUACAAAGAUGACCUCCUUUCCCUUGAUUCAAGCUGUCUUCUGUUCACUGUUCUGGUGUUUUUUGCCUUGGUGAUCAUCUUGAAGGCCUACCUCAUGAACUGUGUGUGGAAUUGCUAUAAAUACAUUUGCAACAGAAACUCGCCUGAGAUCGCAGUGUACCCUGCAUUUGAAGCACCUCCGCAGUAUGUCCUGCCAACCUAUGAAAUGGCAGUAAAGAUGCCGGAGAAGGAACCUCCACCUCCUUACAUACCUGCCUGAAGAAAACUGAAAACUUGUGGUUGAACACCCGUACCAGCUUCACUUUUUUAUAUUGCCAGACUGCUUUAAUAUUCAGGGCUUUAGGUGCAAAGCCACAUGGUUGAGAGGCAUUUGAUAUAACCUUACUAAAAUCCAUAUGAAAAUCACCCCCCGCCAGUAGUUUUUAAUCUCAUUGAUCAUCUCAAUCAUCUUACACAGUUAUGCCUUAGGGUUUAAUUCUGCAAGUACCUCUAUAUUUGUAUAUAACUUCAUUCAUAUGCAUUUGCGUUUUCAUUUAAUUUGAUAAAUAAGGAUUAGGAUCCGACGUAGGUGUUCACAUGAUCAGGUAUUUUACAGAUACGGAUUAGUUCUGAAGGACAAUCUGAUCAGUUGGCAAGAUAACAGCUUGUGUUUUUCUUCAUUUAUAUUGUAGUGGGAAGUUCAGAUGUGGUAUAUGACAGAUGUGGUAUAUUUACUUGCACUUUCUCUUAGCUUUCUUUAUUGUUAUUCAAUGCCUUGAAACAGUAUGUUCAGGAAGCCUAAAGCUGGCACUAAUUUGAAGUUUUUCCUAUAUGCUGUGAAUGCAGCAAAAGUGCAGCAAGAAAUUACAUUUGUGUCAGUUGCAUGCUUCCAAUCUGUGUGCAUUUCCAUCUUUGUUUAUAAAUGAUGUUUAAUAAAAUCUUGUUAAAAAAAUAAAAAA